AUGCUUCAUUGUCCAUACGCAGUGCCGUUCGACCAGCGUAAGAAGCCCCAAUCAGUCUCUCCGUUCGCUCCGAUUGGAGUUGACAGCGCCAUGAAAACGCGCUCCAAUCUUCCUAAUUCGACUCCUCGCAAAAUCUUCUCGGAAAUUGCUAUUCCUGACCGCGUAGGCAUCGUCUCUGGCGGCGGACGAGGCAUAGGACUAGAGAUGGCCAUGGCAUUAUGCGAGGCUGGUGCACGAGCGAUAUACUGCUUCGAUAUUCACGAGAAGCCGACAGAGGAAUGGGAGGCCGUUAAGGAAUAUGUGGGUCGGUUAGAGCAGAACCCGUAUACGGGUUCACCCUCGCGUUUGGAAUACGUCAAAGUCGAUGUGACAGACCAAUCCGCUGUAUGGAAAUGUGCGGAGGAAAUAGGCAAUAAGGAAGGGAGGAUGGACGUGUGCGUUGCUGCAGCGGGGGUUUUGAAACCAGAGAAGGACGUGCUGCAAUAUCCAGGGGAUGAGUUCAGGGAGGUCAUGAGCAUCAACGUGAACGGCGUCCUGUUCACUGCGCAAGCAGCUGGUCAACAAAUGCGGCGUUUCGGGAACAAAGGGAGUAUCAUCUUGAUUGCUUCGAUGAGUGGAAGCAUCACUAAUCAUGGCCAUGCGUGGAUUGCAUACAACACUAGCAAGUCUGCCGUCCUACAAAUGACACGAAGCAUGGCAUGUGAGUUGGGCAGUGAGGGAAUCAGGGUCAACUCACUUUCUCCGGGGCAUAUUUAUACCAAAAUGACCGCCCAAUACCUUGAGCCACAACCACAUCUUGAGGAAAAAUGGAGCUCUCUCAACCCCUUGGGCCGACUCGGUCGAGUGGACGAGAUGAGAGGUGUGGCAGUCUGGCUCGCAAGCGAUGCCUCAACGUAUUGUACUGGAUCCGAUAUCCUUGUUGAUGGGGGCCAUCAUGCGUGGUAA